UUGGCAAGUUAACACGACGCAAAGUCGCAAAUACUUCGCAAAUUCACGUAGCGUAGCGCGGGAUUCGGCGCAGCGGCUCUGUAGAUUUCUUAGAGAAAGUUCAGCCAGUUGACGUUUAAAAGGCAAAAAAUUGCCUUUACUUGUAAUAAAUAUAAAUAAGCAGUGAAAAAAACAAAUAACAAAUAUGGCUGAACCAAUCAGAGUUGUUGUCACUGGGGCUGCAGGCCAGAUUGCCUACUCCCUGCUGUACCAGAUUGCAUCAGGAGCAGUCUUCGGUCCCAAUCAGCCUGUAUACCUCCACCUUCUUGAUAUUGCCCCCAUGAUGGGAGUCCUUGAAGGUGUAGUCAUGGAACUGGCUGACUGCGCUCUGCCUCUGCUUGCCGGAGUGCUACCUACUGCCAAGCCUGAAGAAGCAUUUAAAGAUGUUGUUGCUGCAUUUUUAGUAGGAGCUAUGCCCAGGAAAGAGGGUAUGGAGAGGAAAGAUCUCCUAGCUGCCAAUGUUCGCAUUUUCAAAGAGCAAGGUCAAGCCCUUGACAAAGUUGCACGCAAGGAUGUGAAAGUCCUUGUUGUUGGUAACCCAGCUAACACCAAUGCUCUUAUCUGCUCUAAGUAUGCUCCUUCCAUCCCUAAAGAAAACUUCACAGCUAUGACCCGUCUUGACCAGAACCGUGCCCAGUCUCAGUUGGCAGCUAAAAUCGGUGUACCAGUGCAAAACGUAAAGAAUGUCAUCAUUUGGGGCAACCACUCUUCCACUCAGUUCCCAGACGCGUCAAAUGCCGUCGUGAAUGUUGGUGGUGCUGAGAAGUCAGUACCUGCGGCUAUCAAUGACGAUGCUUACUUGAAGUCCGCAUUCGUCAACACAGUGCAAAAGCGUGGUGCCGCCGUCAUUGCCGCAAGAAAAAUGUCGUCAGCUCUGUCCGCCGCUAAAGCCGCCUCUGAUCACAUGAGGGAUUGGUUCCUGGGAAGUGGUGACCGCUGGGUGAGCAUGGGCGUUGUUUCCGAUGGAUCAUACGGAACCCCCCGCGACGUUGUAUUCUCCUUCCCCGUCACAACUGCCAAUGGCAAAUGGAAGAUCGUUCAGGGUCUUACUAUCUCAGACUUCGCGCGUCAAAUGUUGGACAACACUGGCAAGGAGCUGUCUGAGGAGAAGCAGGAAGCUCUGGAUGUCUGCAAGGAUUGACCAAGCACUCAUUAAUUUAAAAAGCAAUAUAGCAUUAGAGUAUAAAUACGAAACAUUUAUUAAUAGUCGCUACACACUUUAAUUUUAUCAAAAGCAGCUAUUGCUUGAAUUGCAAUACAAUGUGAUCAACUCAUUUAUUUUUGUCUUACAGUUACAUAUUAUUUGAAAUAAGUCAUAAUAAAGAUAUUAUUGGUUAGGCCUUUUUUAUCACACUAUUUUGUGGUUAUAUUUUAUAUUUUCAUAUUAAAGUCUAAAAGCAUUUAUUAUAUAAAUUACGUUAUAUUUUUGAGACUUUUAUUAUAUUCUGCACUUUGAUGUCGACGAUUCCGUUAUCACGUCAUGUUACUUGUUUAUAGAUCGAUAACAUUUAUUGCUAAACAAAGGUCAAUGUAAAUAAAGAUUAGUUCGAUACAUGUUA